UUGGUAAGGAGUUUUUAUUUUUUCUGUUCCUUGUGUGGAGUAAAGAAAAUACAUACUGACCAAACUGAAUAGGCUACCCAGAUCUAAUUUUACUGAAAAUGUCUAAACUACAGAUGUUGCGUUUGAUUUUAAAUGAGCGUUUAACGGCGGCUGCUGUUGAUAUUUUUGGGGCAGUUGAGAAAACGGUAGUAGAGUACCAGGAGGAGAAUGAUCGGCUACGGAGACUUCUGCGGAGGACACCAGAGAUACAACUAUGUCGAAUAGUCCCUCCAGAAUCCCUGCAGCUCUCUGUCUCUGAAGAGGAGGUUCCCCCUGAGCAGCAGCACUGUGAGCAGGAGUGGAGCCCCAGUCUGGGACAGAAGGACCCAGAGACCAAACAGAUUAAAGAGGAACAGGAGGAAGUCAGGACCAGUCAGGAGGAAGAGCAGCUUCAAGGGUUGGAGCCUGAUAUCAUGGAGUUCAUAUUUACUCCUUCCUGUGUGAAAAGUGAAUGUGAUCAGGAGGACCCACGUCAAGAAGCCAUACUUGCUGAACACUCAACUCUCAGUCCACUGAAAAUGUCUAAACUACAGUCGUUUCAAGAGUUUUUAAAUGAGCGUUUAACUGCGUUUGCUGCUGUGGAGAUUUCUGGGGUAUUUGCGAAAAUGGUAGCAGAGUACCAGGAAGAGAAUGAUCGGCUACGGAGACUUCUGCGGAUCACACCGGAGAUACAACUAUGUAGAAUAGACUCCCUGCAGCUCUCUGUCUCUGAAGAGGAGGUUCCCCCUGAGCAGCAGCACUGUGAGCAGGAGUGGAGCCCCAGUCUGGGGCAGAAGGACCCAGAGACCACACAGAUUAAAGAGGAACAGGAGGAAGUCAGGACCAGUCAGGAGGAAGAGCAGCUUCAAGGUCUGGAGCCUGAUAUCAUGAAGUUCAUAUUCACUCCUUCCUGUGUGAAAAGUGAAUGUGAUCAGGAGGACCAAACCAAGACUGUGGAGAACAGAGAGAGUGACUCUAAACCAGUGGAUCUCAAACCUUUUAUCACUGUGACCCACAUUAAGGGUCUCAACAUUCCCUGUGACUCUACAGAUAAUCAAAACAAUGCCUCCAGCCACAGCUCAGCCGUAAGCAGCUACACAGUAGGACUUGACAGCAGUCCACUAUUUGAAAAACACUGUUCCAAAACCAGCACCACAUCUAGAAAAACGCACAGCUGCCGUGACUGUGGUGAAACAUUUGCUAAAAAAGCUGACCUGAAGAGACAUGUGACUCUCACCAAGAACAGACCCAGUGAAUGCAGCUUUUGCAAAAAAAGCUACAACUCCACCUGUAAACUGAAGGCCCAUGUCCGACUCUGUCACAUUGGGAAACCCUGCACCUGCCCUGUUUGUGGAAUGACCUUCAAACACAAAGGAAUUCUGUCCAAGCACAUGAGGAUUCACACAGGAGAGAAACCAUUUAGCUGCGGUGACUGUGGGAAAAGCUUCAAUCGGAUGGGGCACCUAAACAUGCACAAAGUGACUCACACAGGAGAGAAACCAUUUAGCUGUGCUGACUGUGGGAAAAGCUUCAAUCGGAAGGGGCACCUAACCAUGCACAAACUGAUUCACACCGGAGAGAAACCAUUUAGCUGUGCUGACUGCGGGAAAAGCUUCAAUCGGAAGGGGCACCUAACCAUGCACAAUCUGACUCACACAGGAGAGAAACCAUUUAGCUGUGGUGACUGUGGGAAAAGCUUCAAUCGGAAGGGGCACCUAACCAUGCACAAAGUGACUCACACAGGAGAGAAAGCAUUUAGCUGUGGUGACUGUGGGAAAAGCUUCAAUCAGAAAGGGGACCUAAGGAGGCACAAACUAAUUCACACAGGAGAGAAACAACAUGGCUGCUCCGUCUGUGGUAAAGGAUUCACUCAGAAGACGAAUCUGCUGAGGCAUGUGGAUAAAGUCCACAAAGGAAGAAAACAGGACAUAAACUAAAAGAAGAAAUUACAUUAGGACAAAGAUUGUCUGUCAGGCUGAAUCACAACCGGCCGUGAUUGGGAGUCCCAUAGGGCGGCGCACAAUUGGCCCAGCGUUGUCCUGGUUUGGCCGGGGUAGGCCGUCAUUGUAAGUAAGAAUUUGUUCUUAACUGACUUGCCUAGAUAAAUAAAGGUCAGGUAAGUGAAUAAAAAGGCAGGAUGUGGACAAAUCUCUUAGGAAGCAACAGUGAGUUAUGGCCCCAUCAAACAUGCAGACGACAUGGUUCUGGUUGCUUGCCUGGAGGUCAAGUCCAUCUCCAGCUACUCCCAGUUCAUUGACUGCCUCUUGACGUGGUUUGACAAUAUCUUAGGAGCUCAGUCUGGGUCUCAACUUACUAUUAAGACUCAGAAUAGUAGAAUACAC